CAACCUGAAGAAGACACCUAAGAAAUUCCUCUGUUCAGUGAUUUGUCUACUGCAGUUGUAAGAAGUAGCAAACACAAUUGUAAGGGGAAGAUUAACUCUGAGUGUUGCUGUUAACUCCAUCUGUUAUUUAUAGUAAUUGCUAUUUGGAUUUUCACCUCUACAAAGAAAGGCUGCUUUGUUAAUUAAUGAAAUGUGGGAGAAGUCCAGAUGAGAAAGAACACUUACUGGAUGACACAAUACACAGUCAGGAAAAAGACUGAAUGUCUGCUUCUCUCAAGAUAAGCACAGUCUAGUUCCUGUCUGCUAAAAAUCCUGCACCAGUUGUUCCCAAGAGUGCGUAGCUGGAGCCAUAUGAUCUUAUCAACACAUUUGAGAGCCCUACCCAAACACUGAGAGAGAUUUUGCUGCAGCAAUGACUGUCAUAGAAGAAAGUCGCCCCUUUGCCCAGCAGCUAUCCAAUGUCUACUUUACUAUACUUUCCCUCUUUUGUUUUAAACUUUUUGUGAAGAUCAGCCUUGCUAUACUCAGUCACUUCUACAUUGUGAAAGGGAACCGUAAGGAAGCAGCAAGGAUAGCUGCUGAAUUUUAUGGAGUUCCUCAAGGACAAGGUUCUUGGGCAGAUCGCUCACCUCUGCAUGAGGCAGCCAGUCAAGGACGUCUUCUUUCUCUAAAGACUUUAUUGUCACAGGGUUACAAUGUAGACACACUAACUAUUGACCAAGUAACUCCACUUCAUGAAGCCUGCCUGGGAGAUCAUGUAGGAUGUGCAAGAAUCCUUCUUGAAGCAGGAGCAAAUGUAAAUGCUACAACGAUUGAUGGAGUGACACCUUUAUUUAAUGCAUGUUCGAGAGGCAGCGCAGCAUGCGCUGAGCUCCUGUUAGAGUAUGGUGCCAAAGCUCAGUGGGAGUCCUGUCUUCCAUCCCCAACUCAUGAAGCGGCCAGUAGAGGACACAGCGACUGUCUGGAGGUACUGAUAUCCUGGGGUAUAGACGUUGACCAAGACCUUCCCCAUUUGGGAACACCUCUGUAUGUAGCAUGUGUUUCACAGCAGAUCCACUGUAUUCGAAAGCUUCUUUAUGCAGGUGCCAACGUGCAGAAAGGAAAGCAUUUGGAAACUCCACUCCAUGCUGCUGCCCAGCAUUCAAGUACAGAGAUCGUAAACUUACUCCUUGAAUUUGGGGCAGACAUAAAUGCCAAAAAUACAGAUUUUGAGAGGCCUGUAGAUUUAGCUGCUCCAAGCAGUUUAGUGGAGAGACUGCUGCUACUCCAUGAAGCCACACCUUCUUCUCUUUGCCAGCUCUGCCGACUACGUAUCCGAAAUUACAUAGGAAGAGCCAGACUGCAUCUUGUGCCACAACUCCAGUUGCCAACAAUACUGAAGAAUUUCUUACAGUAUAGAUAAUGUAGUAAUUAACCUUUAGAAGCUUGAAUAACAAAUACGUUUUCUUCUUUCUGUUUAUUGUAUAUUUUACCUAAAGAACUGCUGGGCGGAAAAAAAAUGCCUUUUGCAUAUUACUUUAAGAAAAUAAAUCUUUGACACCUGGUGUUGAUAUGUAAUAAUAAUUGGGAGCCAUUCAGCAACUGGUACCAAGGUGCUAAUAAGGCUGAAUUGAAUGUGUGCUGAUACUCUGGGAAAUGAUUGUAUAGCUUUAGCUUAACACUAAUUACUAAUUAGCUUUAGUGCUGUUAAUUUUAAUUGUAUUUAUACUUUAAAAUUUGGUUGACACACCU